AUGCGUCUCUCAUACAAGCUUGCAAUCCCUCACAUUCUGAGCCUGCUUCACAGCAGCGGGGCUGUGAUGCUGAGCGAGCGCGACCUUCCCCAUGUCGCGACUACCAACUACGAUUUCGUCAUUGUAGGAGGUGGCACUGCUGGGAACGUCGUCGCAAAUAGGCUCACAGAGAACCCGAAUUUUAACGUGCUAGUACUCGAAGCUGGUCCAAGCGAUGCCGGGGUUUUGGCUCUCCAAGUCCCAUUCUUGUGCACUACGACCACCCCUCAAACACUCUGGGACUGGAACUACACGACGGUAUCUCAGCCAGGCCUGAACGGUGCCUUAGUCGGUUACCCUCGUGGCUAUGUGCUUGGUGGGACAAGUUCCGUCAAUUGCCUGGUCUACACACGCGGCUCUAAAGCCGACUUCGACCGCUAUGCGAACUUCACAGGAGACGAAGGCUGGUCAUGGGACAACAUGCUGCCCUAUUUCAAGAAGAGCGAGAAGUUCACUCCACCGUCGGACCGCCACAACACCGCGGGACAAUUUGACCCCUCAGUACAUGGCUUCGACGGUCUGAACUCCGUCAGCCUGCCUGGAGCACCCACGGCCAUCGACGACCGCUUCGAGGCAGCCAUUGAUCAGUUGGGCGGAGAGUUUACGUGGAAUCUGGAUACGAAUUCGGGAUCGCCGCUUGGCUUUGGAUGGUCGCAGGCGGUAAUCGACGGCCCGUCAGCCAGUCGCAGUAGCUCUUCGACGGGGUACCUUGCGCGAGAGUUCUUGCUUAGGCCGAAUCUUCAUGUUCUUGUGAACGCACAGGUGUCUCGGGUGAUUAGCGAAAGGACUCGGGAUGGUGUUCCGGAAUUCAAGACGGUCGAGUUCCGCUUGAAUGGAGGAGAUACCCUCUUCACCGCAAGCGCUAGCAAGGAGCUCAUCCUAUCUGCCGGGGCGACAAAUACUCCCCAAGUGCUUAUGAACUCAGGAAUUGGUAGUGCAUCGCACCUCAGCGAGCACGGGAUCCCGUCCAUCGUUGACCUCCCAGAUGUCGGCGAGAAUCUCUUCGAUCAUCCUAUCAUCACGCUCUCCUGGCGUGUCGACUCGAACAUGACGUAUGAUGACUACAAACGCAACUCGGCCCUCCAGGACGAGGCGCUUCAGACAUGGAAAGAUACUCGCCAGGGAGUUUAUGCUAAUGGAAUCUCGCAACACAUUGGAUUCGUACGUGUACCAGAUAACAGCAGUAUCUUCGUGAAUGCCACGAACCCUGCAUCCGGCCCAGGUUCGCCACACUUCGAGAUCUUCGUCUCAAAUUUUCUUCUCGGUGCCACACCAUCUGAGGGAAACUACCUCAGUAUCUCGACAAUCCUGCUUACCCCAGGCGACAAUGCGCGAGGCUCUGUCAAGCUAAACUCGAGCGAUCCAUUUGCCAUUCCGCUCAUCGACGCUGGACUGCUCGCUGAUGACGCUACCGACGUCGCGCUCAUGCGCGAGGCUGUCAAAAGCGUUCUCCGUCUAGCCUCAGCUCCUGCUUGGGGCGAUUACAUUAUCGAGGCUGCAGAUUCCGCUCAGCCGGGUUUGAAUGCGACGGAUGCUCAGCUGGACACUUUCAUCAGGACCAACACACGCUCUGCAUACCACGUCGUCGGUACCUCAAGCAUCACGAGGAAAGGAGCGGAAGGAGGUGUCGUCGACCCCGAUUUCAAGCUCAAGAAAGCUGCGGGCUUGAGGAUUGUGGAUGCUUCAGUCCUGCCUUUCGUGCCAGCCGGGCACAGUCAAGCAGCGACGUACGCCUUGGCAGAAAGAGCCGCCGAUUUAAUCAAAGCUACACAUUCUGCGUAA